AUGGCCGACCAAGACGAAGACGCCUCGCAUCUGCGCGCACCUGACCCUCCCGACUACGACCCCACAGAGGAAGCGCAAGAUUUCCUCAAACUCGACAAACUCACUGUCCAAGACACGGCACACCCCACACUACCUAAGCGCGGCGAAAAGGACUUUGAGAGCCAUGAAACGAACCUCCAGCUCGACACGCUCGAGGCCUCGCGCCGGGCCAUGCACGGCGUCCUCUCGUGGCAGCGCACGCACACACAGAAAGGCCAUAUCCUCGCCAUGUACGACCCCGAGCGCAACAUGGCAUGCGUCGACAGAGUCCGCUCACAGCACUUCCAGACGAUAGGAACGAACAAAGGAGGAAGAGAGUGGCUGUUGCCCGAAGAAGCCCUGUUCUUGCUGGAGCGAGGCACCUUGGACGUCCGGUGGCCGGUCAAGCGCGAGGUCGGCGACAAGACGGUAUAUAGAACCGAAGACGGCGCGCCCAUGAGUCUGCAGUCGGCGUAUGCGGCCUUCAUUGGGUUCGAGAGUGGUGUGGGUGGAAAGCUGACAUUGGAAAUGUACAACGUCUAUGCCGGACUGAAGAGAUCGGGGUACGUCAUCUUUAGGACAGGGACGUGGGACGAUGAUAGAGGGGAUAUCGUACAAGCACCGCCUCCAGCAGCAGCACAGCCAUCAUCCCGCCCGAGCAUCGUCACGCGCUUCUUCACCGAAGUCUGGCGGCGCCUAAGCCAGCCCGAACACCCCAUCUCCGCCGAGGCCCUCGCCUUCGGUCCGCUCGUCAAGCCCGGCUUGUAUCGCAGCUACAAUGACAUCUACCGCCUCCUCAAACUCAUACCGACCCACGAUCGCUCCUCCCCUCCUACAUUCGUCCUCCUGCCCUCCGCAGACAACCCAUACCGCGUUCACUUCGACGUCUACCGCACCACAGCCCGCUUCAAGAAGUCCGCUCGUGGUCCACCAGACUUCCGUAUAUGCGUCGUCGACGCGCGCACAACCCCAAUACCCACGGGUGCACAGCUAAACGACCUCAUGGCGCAGGUGCCGGAGGACAGGCCCAAGGAAGAUGGUCAUCCGAACCAGAGGUUAAAGCAUGGGUGCAGGAAUGUGGUGCUUGCGGUCGUGGAUAAUGGCAUACCGAGCUAUCUGCGGGUCGCGGAUAGUCCGUUUGAGGAGGUCAAGAUCUAUGAGAGUGGCCAGGCGCAUCAAGCCAGUCUGAAAGUCCUACAAGAUGACGUUGUGGCUGGUCUCGCUAACCAUUACGACCUUGUCGUAUCUGCAGCCUCUUCAUCGGAAUCCGGAAGCGGCGAAAGAGCCAUGGCAGCUGUAAUACAAGAACAUGCCAUGAUGAUCAUCUCAAAAUUGAACAUUCUCAAGCUGAACGACACGUAUUGCGCGAUGUACACCUAUAGCAAUCUCCCGGACCGCACUGUUAGACUACUCAGGCUCUGUCAAGGACAAUACGAAGAUCCGCUCUGGGGUGACCUAUCAGAUGUUUCGCUCAAUGACCUUCCUCCAUACGAGGCUCUCAGUUACCUUUGGGGACCGCCGAACUUCACCGCCCAGAUUCACAUUACUUGGUUCAAGGCACAUCUUAUGAUUACGGAGAGUUUGGCAGCAGGUUUGCGACAAUUUCGCCACGAAAACAAGGAUCGGUAUCUGUGGAUAGAUCAUAUUUGUAUCAACCAGCAAGAUCUUGAUGAACGAUCAGCACAAGUCAAAUUCAUGGAAGAGAUAUACGAGCGCGCUGCUUGCGUGCUACUGUGGCUUGGCGAAGAUGUCGGUAAUAAUGCGCCACUUGCGAAUACUAUCGUACAAGACAUCGCCCAAAUGCGAGCGGGGAGCCGAAUCCUUCAGACAUCUCUGAUCUUGAUAACUAUUUCUCUAGCAGGCGAGGCUAAGCCUCUUGAGACGAUGGACCGGGUUUUGACUUUCCUCCAUCCUCGCAAUGCAACCGAUCCUCGAGACAAAGUUUACGCUUUCCUGGAUCUGCUCGAAAAUCGCACGUCGGCUGCGUUGUUCAAAGAACUGGUGGACUAUCGUAAAUCUGUACUCCAGGUAUAUUUCGAUGCAACCACAGCAUCCAUGUAA